GUCUGGCGUCCUUCGUGAAAAUCAGACUGACCUCAGGGCAGCUGAGAGGAGAUGGCGGAAAUCUAAAGAUCCAGCAGAUCUAGGUUCUGUCUGUUCAUUGGUUCCCUCGUCAUUGUGGUCGACGAGCCAGCAUCCCACGUCAUGGCCGCCGAGCCAGCGUCCCACGUCAUGGCCGCCGAGCCAGAGUUCCACGUCAUGGCCGCUGAGCCAGAGUUCCACGUCAUGGCUGCCGAGCCAGAGUUCCACAUCAAGGCCGCCGAGCCAGAGUUCCACUUCAUGGUCACUGAGCUAGUGCCAUCUUUAGCCAUGAAUCAUCCUGCUCCAUGCCAUGACAUCAUCCACGUCUCAGCCUGCUCCAUGCCAUGUCACAGCCACGCCUGAGCCUGCUCCAUGCCACGUCACAGCCAUGCCUGAGCCUGCUCCAUGCCAUGUCAUAGCCACAUCUGAGCUAUUGGACCUGGAGAUGGUUCCUGCCCUUGUACCCACCCUAUGGACGCUUCCUCAUGACCAGGCAAGGGGAACUUUCGACCCUUCAAACCCACCUAGACCCUCCGAGCCCUGGACUCCACCUUGGCCUGUCGAUCCCUCGACAUCACCUCGGCUCUACGUUCCCUUGGCUCCACUGCGGUCCUUCAGCCGGUCGGCUUUACCGGGGUCCCUCGUCCCUCCAGCUCCUCCUUGGUCUGUCGGUCACCUGGCUCCGCCUUGGCUCUCCGAUCCUCUGGCUAUGCCUCAUCCCUCCAAUCCGUCAGCUCCACUGGGAACCUCCAUCCCUACGGCUCCGCCUUGGUCCUCAGCCCCACCGGCUCUGCCUCAGUCUUCUAUUCCCCCAGCUCCACCUUGCUCCUCCAAGCCUUCGGCACCACCUUGGUCCUCCCUGCCUCCGGCUCCACCCUGGCCCUUCGAGCCGUCGGCUGCUCUCUGGGUACCAAGUUUCCUGGUGUCGCCCUUCAAGUCUUUCACGGCUCCGCCUUCCAUGGCUCCGCCCCUCAAGUCUCUCAAGGCUCCACCCCUCGAAUCUCUCAUGGCUCCACCUUCCACAGACGUUGCCCUGAUCCCAUGCUCCACGCCCUGCCUUGCUAAGCCACAACAAUGCUCCAUGCCGCACAGCCACGUCAAUCAAGGUGUGGAUGGAGGACCACUGGAUCCAGACCUUGUCAAUGGCCAGCCCAAUCUCCAGACCUGA